AUCCUUACUGAAAAUUCUAGACAAUGAACAAAAUUAUUCCACGUAAAUAUAAAGUUGAAUCUAUAUGAUGUUUUGUUUUAAUAAGAAAAAUAGAUUAAUAGGUUAGUUAUUUUUAUUGUUAUGAUAAAUUGUAUAUGUCAAUUCUAAUAGGACCAUUAAAACAACUUAAAAUGACAAGUUGACAACUUUUUAUAGUAUAUAAAAAUAAGACUCUAAGUUAAUAUUAGAUUUCCUCCUGAAACCAAUAUUCAAUACCAGAUUUUUUUCAUGCAUCCAUCUUUUAAGACAAAUAUAAUUUUCUCCUAACACUCCUUUGGUUAUAAAUACGCAAAAUAUUACCUUACAUUCUCCAUCUGUAACGCAAUCUAAAAGCUUCUCGGAAACGAAAAAGACCCUUGAAAUAUAAGCAGUUAUCUUGAGAACAUGGCUCUUGGUAUGUUUUUUUAUUGUUUAUUGCUUAUACUUCUGCUGUAGUUACGAUAAAAGUUGCUGAAGCAUUUUCUAGGAUAUAUAUUCAAGUUUGUAACUGACUAUAUAAUGAAUUUGUGUCUUGUGAAAAUAUUCACAGAUGGUAAUGGGAUUGCAUAUGGAGUCACUAGGCUUGUUCGUCCUAGAGGAACCCACAAAGCCACUAUAGUUUGGUUGCACGACAUCGGGGAAAAUGGCGACGACUCAGCUCGGUUUGUCAGAGAGUUGAAUCUUCCAAAUAUUAAAUGGAUUUGUCCUACUGCUCCUAGACGUCCCGUUUCUCGCUUGGGUGGAGCGGUAACCACUGCUUGGUGCGACGUCACACAAGUUUCUGAAAACAUGGAAGAUGAUUUGGCUUCUAUCAAUACUACAUGUGUGUUAGUGACUAACCUUUUGGGUGGUGAACCUGCUCAUGUCAUGAAAGGAGUAGGAGGUAUCGGCCUGGGUGCAGCGCAAGGUCUCUACUUUGCGAGUGGUUAUGUGGCUGGAGGUAUGGGUGAUAUGGGCCUAAACGCUGUUGUAGGGAUCAACGGCUGGCUACCUGCCUGGACAAACUUCCUGUACCAUAUUGAUUCCCUCACUGUGUCUGGAACUCUUGCUGCAUCGUUACCAAUCUUACUUACAAAUGAAAAUUCUACGGUUCCCUUCCAAUUUGGAUGGCUAAGUGAACAAUCCCUUAGUAGGGCUGGAAUUCCAGUCACGUUCAGACCAAACGAUGGGUCUAAAACUUCACUUUGUUUUGGCUUUAGUUUCCAUUUGACCUUAUUUUCUGAAACUGAUUUUGGGGUUAUGCCAAAUAUAUGCAGGAGGGAUCCUACAGCUAUUGGAAAUUGGCUCAAAACAUACCUCCAGCUCUAGGACUAACGCUAGAAUUCUCGUAAAGGAAGAAACUGGGGAGGAAACACUGCACAAAAUUUUAGCAAAAAAAAAAACAUUAUCGUACAUUAUAAAAUAUUUUAAAAUACUAUUUCUUUCUUUGGCCUUUGCUAUUCGUAAUCAUUAGUGGAUAUAUUCUACGCUAUAAUAUUUUACAAUAAUAGAAAUUUGUUUAUCCCUUUUAUGUAAUUACUAGGUGAUUUUUCCGUGUUCAUGCACGAAUAUAAAUAUUUAUAAAAUAAAUAUACUAUAAUAAUUGAUUGUUAUUUAUUUUUAAUGUUAAAUUCAUUUAUAAUUUGUAUGCACAAUUUAUAUUAAAAAUAUUAUAUUACUUUAAUUAUACACUAGGUGAUUUUUCCGUGCUCAUGCACGGAUACAAACAUUUACGCAAUGAUUGAAUUAAAAAAUUGAUAAAAGAAAAAUUCUUUGUUUAUAACUUUUAAGUUAAUUUUUAAUCUCUAUAAUAUUAUUUGAAAAGUCAGUUUGUUAUGUAUUAUUAUGUUCUCAUCUUAAUUGGAUAUUUGGAUAUAUGAUUUUACAUAUAAUAUUUUGUAUAGCUUCAAAUAUUUAUUUUGGUUUA